AUGACACAGAACAAGUCUCUUAUCUACAAGAAGAUGCCCACUGGCCUCCCCGUGGCUGGUGAGCAUCUCGUCAUCGAGGAUCGUCCCGUCGACAUCAACGAGGCUCCUCAGGGCGGUUUCGUCCUCGAGGUCCUCUAUGCAUCUUUCGACCCUUACCUGCGCGGUAAGAUGCGCGACACAUCAUUCAAGUCCUACUCUCCCGCUUUCGAGAUCAACCACCCCAUCACCAAUGGCGUUUUGGGUAAGGUCAUCAAGAGCGACGCUUCUGACUUUGCCGAGGGCGACCUUGUCGUCGGCCACCUCGCCAUUGCCGAGUACGUUCGCGUUGAGAAGGACACCAUUCCCAAGGUCAGCUUGAGGAAGAUCCAGAACCCUCACAACCUCGACCUCGGCCUCUUCCUUGGUCCUCUGGGUAUGCCCGGUCUCACCGCCUGGUCUGGUCUUCACAAGAUUGGUCGGCCUAAAAAGGGCGAGACUAUCUUCAUCAGCUCUGCUGCCGGUGCCGUCGGUCAGGUUGUUGGUCAGGUCGCCAAGCGUGAGGGUUUGACCGUUAUCGGAUCCGUUGGUGACGAUGCUAAGCUCGACUUCAUCACCAAGGAGCUUGGUUUCGACAGCGGCUUCAACUACAAGAAGGAGAGCCCCAAGGAUGCCAUUCCCCGCCUUGUUCCCAACGGUAUCGACAUCUACUUUGAGAACGUCGGCGGAGAGCACCUCGAAGCCGCUCUCGCCAAUAUGAACGUCAACGGUAGAAUCCCCGUCUGCGGCAUGAUCUCCGAGUACAACACCCCUGCCAACCAGCGGCAGGGAGUUCAGGGCCUCAUGAACCUUAUCUCCAAGCAGGUUAACAUGGAAGGGUUCCUUGUUGCCAACCCCAUGUUCGGUCCUGCCUACGCCAAGGAGCACCAGGAGAACCUGCAGAAGUGGCUCGCUGACGGCAGCGUCAAGGCCAAGCUGCACACCACUCAGGGAAUUGACAACGCUGCUAAGGGUCUCAUUGGUAUGCUUCAGGGCAAGAACUUUGGCAAGGCUGUACUUAAGCUGAAAUAA